AUUGCUUUCUAACCAGUAGCAACAGAAUUCUCGUUGACGACGUUGUGUUCACUAUACAUUUUCAAAAUGAUGUCUGCACCGAAGAAUAUCAAUUUCAAAGAUGAUAAAAAAAGAUCAGACACCUCGCCUCUAGGAAGUCCACCAGAUAUCCCGAAGCUGAUGCCUGGUGGAAACUACAUAAAAAUAGGAAGAGACUCAGCACACAGCACUUGCUUGUUGUUCGCUCCUCCAGCAGAAGAAGUCGGAGUUCUAGCGAAAUAUUUGCAAAUCUUCGAGAAACAUGGCGUCAACCUGUUGCACAUCGAAUCCAGACCGUCGGACAAGAUGCCGGAAAACUAUGAGUUCAUGGUCGAAUGUGCCCCGUCUGGCAACAUCGGAGGUGCCCUCUAUGACGUCAAAGAAAGAAGUGAAUAUCUGAAGAUCAUCUCGAGGGAUUAUAAAGAUAAUAAAGACUCUGUUCCUUGGUUUCCGAGGCGUAUCAGAGACUUGGACCGUUUUGCUAACCAAAUUCUGUCCUAUGGAGCUGAAUUGGACUCAGAUCACCCUGGAUUCACCGAUCCUGUAUACAGAGCACGCAGGAAAUACUUUGCCGAUAUUGCUUACAACUAUAGGCACGGGCAGAAACUUCCACAUGUGGAAUAUACUCAAGAAGAGACGGAAACAUGGGGAAAAGUUUUCAGACAGCUAACAACCUUGUACCCAACCCACGCUUGUAAAGAACAUAACCACGUAUUUCCUCUUCUAGUAGAAAACUGUGGCUACAGGGAAGACAACAUUCCACAACUUGAGGAUAUUUCAAAUUUCUUGAAAGAUUGCACGGGUUUCAUGAUCAGACCAGUAGCGGGGCUGCUAUCGUCUAGAGACUUUCUGGCAGGCCUAGCCUUCAGGGUGUUUCAUUCCACCCAGUACAUCAGGCAUCCGAGCAAACCGUUCUACACUCCGGAACCCGAUGUAUGCCAUGAACUUCUAGGUCACGUGCCGCUCUUUGCCGAUCCGGAGUUUGCGCAAUUCUCGCAAGAAAUCGGCUUGGCAUCUCUAGGGGCGCCUGACGAUUUCAUAGAAAAGUUGGCUACCUGUUUUUGGUUUACCGUCGAGUUUGGUUUGUGUCGGGAGAAUGGACAUUUAAAGGCGUAUGGAGCCGGUCUCUUAUCCAGUUUUGGAGAAUUGCAGUAUUCUCUCAGCGACCAACCAGAAGUCAGGCCAUUCGAUCCGGUCAAAACGUCCGUUCAAAAAUAUCCAAUCACUCAGUACCAACCACUCUACUACGUUGCUGAGAGUUUUGAGGAUUCCAAAGAAAAGAUGAUAAAAUUUGCUGCUACAAUCCCCAGAUCGUUCGGUGUUAGAUACAACGCUUACACUCAAAGUAUUGAGGUGUUAGAUUCUAAACCCCAGAUCCAGAGGCUAGUCAACAACAUAACUGCAGAAAUGUCUGUACUGGUGGACGCUUUGAAGAAAGUUUGAAAAUCUCGCUCGAUAGUACAACCUACACUAUUUAUAGGAUCGUUUUAUAGUGAAUAGUAUUAUUAUGAUUAUUAUUCAAGCAAGUAACUAUUUGUAUAGAUUCAAAUUAUCGUUACUAUUAUUAAUGCUGUGAUUUAUAUAUUAGUAGGUAUAUUUUAAUAAAAUGUUUAGGUAGAAGUGAUCUUUACUAU